GGAGUAUUAUAUGAGGAUUUAUUAAAGAAGACAGGUGUUGAAUUAGGUAGGAGGAUUGUAAUCCUUAAAAAUUUUUAAUAACACAAGUUUUCCAUCAUUAUUUGAGAAUUUACAUCUACUGUACCGGUACCAUAUUAAGCCUAAUUAUUUUCACAUUUAUUUUUAUAAUGAAAACAUAAUAUUUAUUUAGUUUGAUGCCACUGAAAGUGAAACUGAUUCGAUUUUGAUGAUCUUUUUUUUAAACAAUUAUUUCAGGUUUAAAGAAAGAGAGCUUAAAAUAUUUUACAAUUUGUCAAGGUCAUGAAUGGCCAAUAAAGAGGUUCAAAACUGGAGAUGUCAUUGCUCUUGGUUUGCAAGGUAAAACUACCAAAAAGGUUUAUAAUUCAUAUGAUUAUGUGCAUUAAAUUUUGUAUAAAAUCUAAAAUUAAAAUAUAUAUUUUUUGGCAUCCUUUGAUAUCAAGAAGAUGAUUGUGUUAUUUUUGCUGGAAGUGCAAAAUCAUGCGGCCGGGGCAAGAUACUUUUAUUGAGAAGAGGCUGAUUCCCAUUCAGCAGAUACCCUCAUGAUAACAUCAAAUGGCUGAAACAGCUUGGCAUCAGGGAUCUCACAGGAGUUGACAGAAUUUUCAAUGAGUUAAUAUCAUUUAUUUUGUUAUUGUUGUUUUCAUUAGCCUUUAAACCAUGAUUUUAGCCAUCUGGCGGUGCAGGUUUGCAAUCAAAGCUUUCAUUCUUUUAGAUGAGCCACCAUCCAAGUUUAAAGAGAACAUUCACUGGUGUUGUUUUGCUUGCCUGGGUGUUGCUGAGGUCUGAUCAUAAUUAAUUUCAUUAAGAAUAAAUAAGAUUUUAACAAGUAUUUUCUUUUCCGUUUAAUUAUUUUCAGAUCUGUCUUUUCAAAAAUGGUGCUUUGAUCUGAAAGAAGAGCGUGAUUUAAUACUUAGAGAUCCUGCAGCCACACACUUAAUUUUCUCACAGGCACAGCAUGAUAUUUCAACAGGUA